AUGGAAGAUGCGGAGUCCGAGAAGUCCGUGGCGCCGAACAGAUGCGCGACGAUGUGCAUCUUCGGCUGCCUGGCGGCCAUGGGGUGCCGCUCGUCCAUCGUUCGCCGCCUAGCUUUCUACCCGCCUCAGCCCGCUGGCUACUCAAUUGGACCGCACGGCCAGCUGUACACGUUUGAUGGGACUUCUGAAUCGCAUCGACCGGCCAGCCAGACCCAAUCGGCCCCGCCUGAUAGUAUCAACAGUGCGUCUGGAGCGGCCGCUGCCCAGCCGGACAACCCGCCUGCUCAGCAGCUUCAGCGCGAGAGCAUGCAGCAACUACUGCAGCGUACGGGACUGCCCGAGCGCUUGAAAACGCUGUCCAUUCCGUGUGGCAGGAACGUCAAUCUUGCAGGGCUCUUCAUCUACCAUCCUCUCUCUCCUUCGUCUUCCUCAACAAGGCCUACCUCCGACACGGGGACCGGACAAGGCCCUCUGGGCUCAGCGAUCCAUGCAGAAGAGACCAAAGCGAACGAGACGGACGGAGCGGCGGGGCCGCUGGCUGAGGGAGCAGAUGGGUGCGACGAGCAGGUGAUGCACGAUAGCGCAAAGCGCCUCCCGUGCAUCGUCUUCUCUCACGGGAACAGUACAGACAUCGGCUUCAUGUUUGGCCUCUAUUAUCGCCUCGCGUACAAGUGCCGAGUGAAUGUGCUGGCGUACGACUACAGUGGAUACGGUUGCAGUGGGGGAAAGACUUCAGAAAAAGCGUUGUACAAAAAUAUCCGAGCAGUCUGGACAUACGCGACUCAAGUGCUGCACGUGCCUCCUCGUCAGCUAAUUUUGUAUGGCCACAGCGUUGGCUCUGCUCCUUGUUGCGACCUGGCGAUGCGAGAAAAAACCUUUCCAGUCGGUGGUGUUAUCCUGCAUUCGUCUAUCGCAUCUGGCCUGCGCUUGUUUUUCGACGACAUUAACAAAUCACCAUGGUUUGACGCCUUCCCUAAUGUUGAAAAGUUGAGGAAGGUCAAGAGAACGCCUAUUCUGAUUAUUCAUGGGCAGCUCGACAGGCAGGACGCGUACUACAAGCACGUCGGAGACUUCGUUCACUUCUGUAACUUAUGGACGACGAGUUGCCGUGGAAAUUGA